CCGCAGGCGGCUGAAGCUGGAGGACAAUGAGCUGGAGAAGAGGCGCAGAUUUUCAAAAAUUCUUGUCACCUCCGGACCUGCCUGAGGAUCGAGUCUUGUAUUCCGGGGCUGCUAUAAUCCCAGGUGGCUUUGAUCAUCAAGGAUCUCCACUUGUUAUUGUCCCCAGAGCACAGCAGAGUAAACUGGUAUCAGAUCUGAAGAGUGCUGACAUUGUUAAACUUUUCAAAUAUUUUCUUCACCAUCUUAGUGAAUCGCAAACCAGAAACUGUUUGAUAUCCAUUGUAGCUGAUCUGAGAUGUGCCACAUUGGAUGUUGUCUCCAGCAUUAUAAACAGCUUGCUACAGGUUCAGUGCCAGUUUGGGGGAAUAGUCGACACGUUUUAUGCUUUACAACCACAGAAAAAGGGAAUUAAGAAAUGCUUGUUAAAAUCCCUAGGUUUGGGUCGUAGCAAACCAUUUUCGGAGCCACCAUUCAAGUAUGUUCUUCUGAAUGAAGUCUUUGAAUUGUUCAAUUAUAUCGAUCGGAGUCAGUUGACCUCUGACCUUGGAGGCUACUUGGUGUAUCAGCACGCAGCUUGGGUCCACUUCAGGAAGGACAUUGAUGGAUUCAUCUGCGAGUAUUGCAGAGUGAUGCAAAGAUUUCCUGGAUUGCUAGCCCUUCUCCAGGAGCUGUCUCUUCAGUCACUACCUGCAGGUGCAGAAGAGUUUCAGUGGCUUCCCCAUGAGCUCCAGGAGCUCUACACACAAGGAAGGAGAGAUCUAGGGAUUGAUGAACUACUGAGAAGGUGUGAGACGAUUGUGGAAAAACUCAAGAACCCCAAAGCUGAUCCUCACUUCUUGGCUAUGGCUGGAACGGCCGUCUUUGCUCAGACAUUGGAUGAAAUGUACGAACGGAAUGAAAGGAUAAGAGCAGCUGUGGAUAAAGUGGAGUUACUGUGGCAACAGGCUCUUUCCAGAGCUCAGCUUUUGUUGAAGGACUUUCAGUGUAAGCAGAAGGCUCAACAGAUUAUUGAUUUAAUCAUCGAAGAAGGUUUAGGGAACGUUCGUGCAUACAAGGUAGAAAUUGCGAACAACUUCAGCCAAGCAGAAAUGUUAAAACUAAAGUAUGAAGAUGCCAUUUAUAAACCAGCCAUGGAGCUGGUUGUUGAAUCUGAGAAGGUGUUGCAUGCACUCGGUGUAUUAACUGAGCAAGGACUUGGGAGAGAUGAAGAUUUAUGGGAGAAACUGAACAGAUUAAAAGAAACAUUGAACAUAGCUGUAGACAUGCCCUACAAAACAUUGAAAGCUGUGUGUGAUUUCAACUACAUGUUUGAAAAAAAAGUGCCCUGUUCAGAAUGGUGCAACACAAAGUUGCUGCACGUUACCAGUUCAUAA